AUUGGCCGACGGUCUUAUUUAGACUUGUGCUAAUCACUUUGAUUACGUGGGAAUCAGUACUAAUAUUUUUCUUGAAUUUAUUAUUUUUUCUUGACUUGUUCCGCACAAGAAAAAGGGUGAAAAACACAAGUGGGGAAUGGAGCCUUCACGGAAUCUCUCCGCUUCCUCCAUGGAUUCCUCAGGCUGAGAGCGCUGGAAUCAAAGCGCGGCCUCGCCGGCGGCGAUGGACCUCCAGUGGCUUGACCUGCCCUUCACCGUCCUCACGCUGCUCCUCGCCACCCGCCUCGCCUACGACUACUACGGCGUCGUCGCCGCCGCCUUCGCCGGCGGCUUCUCGCUCCAGAUCUUCCUCUUCUACUGCUUUGUGCGCUGGUACCGCCACGCCAUCGGCGCCCGCGCCGGCGCGGACGGGGGCGAUGACCAGCCGCCUCAUCUCCCGUCGUCGUCGGCGCGUCAGGAGGACGGCACCCCGCCCGUCCUCACCCCGCUGGUAGAGACGGUCGGCGGAGAGCCGGCGUCGCUUGCCAACCGGUGCUUCCCCUUGGUGUUCAUGGUGCUCGUGCCGCUGGUCAUCGUCUUCUUCGAGCGGAGCCAGGCGGACGUGGUGGCGUACGUGCUCUGCCUCGCCAACAUCAUCGUCAUGGUCGUCUGGCUCUCCCCGGACUCCGGGAGCACGGUCUCGGCCGCGAAGUCGUUCCUGCGGCUCAGCGACGACGAGGACGAGGGCAGCGGGUGUAGCGGCAGCGGCGGCGCCGUGGACAAGUGCUGCGUCUGCCUCGGCGGCUUGCUGGAGGAACAGGCCCUCCGGGCGUUGCCACGAUGCGGGCACCGGUUCCACGACAAGUGCAUCGUGAAGUGGCUCAAGGCGCACCUGACGUGCCCCGUCUGCCGGGCGACCGCCGUGCCGCCGCCGCCGCCAAAUGGUGACGGCGAGCCGCUCGAUGACGAUAUUAGCCCUGUGUAGCUUUCUUAUCUGCGUGUUGCAUCGUAUCUAACGAAUCGUAGUGACUUGUUGUGAUUGAUUGCUUGUAAAUUUCGUCAAAAUGUACAUCUAAAUCGUUCUCAAGCAUCAAUUGGAAAUGGUAGUAGUUAUUUGUAAA